AGCUUGCGAAGUGAUGAUCUGCCUGGGCUCACACAGAAAGCUGGCACGCUCUGAUCUCUCAGCAUCUCAUGUUCCCACUCACCAUUUAUCAGUCUCGCAUAUGCUCUGUACUGCUCGCACCCUCCAGUUUCAUGCCUCUUUUUGUCUCUGUCACAUCUUUUUCAUUUGUUUGAACUUCUGAUGACACUCACACAACAGUAGCGGAUGUGUGAAGACAAUUGCCUUUCUUGGUAAUCCUGCGGGGUGGUAAAAGAGAAGAAGGAGCAACGGGAAAGAUUUUUUCAUUCCCCUUCAACGGUGCUGAGCUUGUUGAGGAUGACUGAGAAGAGCAAACAUUGAGCUUUGAACAAACCAGAUGGACAAAUAACAGAAGAAUAAGAUUUAAACUAAGAAGAAAGGGAACUUGAAUUAUGAACACCACAGAUCCCCAUGGAUUGAUCCAAGGCUACCACAACAGGAGCCAAACCUCAGGCAUUUUGCCACUUGACAAAGACUUAUCAGCGGAGGAGAAGGACUCAUCAACAGGAUGCUACGAACAGCUGCUGAUUUCCACAGAGGUUUUCCUCACUCUGGGCAUCGUCAGUCUGCUGGAGAAUAUCCUGGUUGUUGCUGCUAUUGUGAAAAACAAAAACCUUCACUCGCCCAUGUACUUUUUCAUCUGUAGCCUGGCUGUUGCUGACAUGCUUGUCAGUGUCUCCAACGCUUCUGAGACGAUUGUCAUAGCGCUCAUCAAUGGAGGCAACCUAACCAUCCCAGUCACGUUGAUUAAAAGCAUGGAUAAUGUGUUUGACUCUAUGAUCUGUAGCUCUCUGUUAGCAUCUAUCUGCAGCUUGCUGGCCAUCGCCGUUGAUCGUUAUAUCACCAUCUUCUAUGCGUUGCGAUACCACAACAUUGUCACCCUGCGAAGAGCAAUGUUGGUCAUCAGCAGCAUCUGGACAUGCUGCACUGUGUCCGGCAUCCUGUUCAUCAUCUACUCAGAGAGCACCACAGUGCUCAUCUGCCUCAUCACCAUGUUCUUCACCAUGCUGGUGCUCAUGGCAUCCCUGUACGUCCACAUGUUCCUGCUGGCACGUUUGCACAUGAAGCGGAUCGCAGCCCUGCCAGGAAACGCACCCAUCCAUCAGCGGGCCAACAUGAAGGGCGCCAUCACCCUCACCAUCCUACUUGGGGUGUUUGUGGUGUGCUGGGCACCUUUCUUCCUCCAUCUCAUCCUCAUGAUCACCUGCCCCAGGAACCCCUACUGCACCUGUUUCAUGUCCCACUUCAACAUGUACCUCAUCCUCAUCAUGUGCAACUCUGUCAUCGACCCCAUCAUCUACGCUUUUCGCAGCCAAGAGAUGAGAAAAACCUUCAAAGAGAUUUUCUGCUGCUCACAUGCGCUCUUGUGUGUGUGAGCUGCCUGUUAAGUGUA